CUCCAAAGUGUUACAUCUUCAAUCUCCAAGCGCCGAGAAUAUUGGCAAAGUGGCAGUGCAUGACCAUCAUGGCCAAGGAUUUCCGAGUCCAUUCUGGGACAACUGCUCCACUCACGGAGAAGGUUGUCCGUCACGCAAGUAUCGGUUUACUAGAGCUCUCAGUAAUUGGCACCAGCUCACCUGCAUUGGCGCCUGCUGUAUACUUGUUGCAUCGAGUUAGAUGUACCUAGAUAUGCAUUGUAGCAAAUUUCUGAGUUGAUACUGUGC